CACGCCGUCGUCUUCUCUCUGCAAGCCGCAGCCAUGUUCAAGCCCACAUCGCCCCUGCUCUCGGGUCUUCUCUGGAAGGUCCCUUGGCGUCUCUCCUCGCCCCAGAAGGCCCGGCAGCGCAAGCGUCUGCGCGCCGUGGAUCAAGUCGUUGAUACCCUCAGUGCAGCUCUUGCCCGACAAGGCCAGAGCACAAAGGCCGUUGAGCGGUGGUACGCCGAGAUGCCCCGUGAGGAGGAGAUGCUCCCCAAGGACAAGUACACCAUCUUCGACAAGAAGGAGAAGACCUACCGGAAGGGUAUUCACAAGCUCCCCAAGUGGACUCGUGUGAGCCAGCGUGUGAACCCGCCUGGUUUCUAAACUCUCCAUCGUUGCACCACCCCUCUACGACUCGCCGAUAUAUACCCUCGUCAGCUUGUCAAUCGGCAUUUGUAUUAUACUCUUGAGCUUCGACUUUACGCCACCCCUUCGAUCCGGUGGCUAGUCUAGGCAUACACAACAACAUAGGAAGGAUUCCCGGAGUUUUUGGCAAUUGAGAAAACACCGCCGCAGGCGCUCGGAAGAGAAUGCUUUUGGCUUACAUUGUUCCAUUACCCAGCGUUAGACACUGUGACACAAUCAAUUUGGUUUCAAGG